AUGCUUGCUCAGCAGGGAGUGUGUAUAUGGGCCAUUGUCAAUGGCAUGGGGAAUCGUGAAGUGGAUAUGACUAUGAAAGAGUUACUACUACAAGCAAGAGUCCUUGUUGCAGUGUCCACGACAUGGAUCUUUAGUACCACGGUCAUCAAGUUAGCUGUCCUUGCAUUGUACCUACGAAUCUUCACUACACCUGGAUUUCGACGAUGGGCGGUCUCUCUUAUGGUCAUCGAUGUUUGUUUUGGGAUUACCUUCCUUGUUGUCUUCAUAACACACUGCAACCCAGUCUCCCAACAAUGGGACCCUGUUCCGUGGGGCUCGUGCAGGUCUCUGACAUCCUCUGAGUUAUCUUCUAUCUCUCUCAAUCUGGUCCUCGACACGGCGAUUGUUGUCCUGCCUAUGCCGUGGCUUUGGAAUCUACGAAUGGCAUUAAGCCACAAACUUGUUGUGAUGGUCAUGUUUGGUUUCGGCUUUGCAACUAUCGCCAUCAUGUGCUACCGUCUCGACCAAACGGUCCAUAGUGACCCAGAUCCAAUGAUUGCUACUGCAAGAAUUGGCCUCCUAAGCAAUCUCGAACUCUGGCUCGGGAUCAUUGUUACCUGCUUACCUACAAUGGCGCCUUUCUUCAGGACAAAUCUGCUACCCGGCCUGUCAAAGCUCUCCCGUAAGCUCUAUGGUAGCUCAGCUCCGUCCUCAAAAGAGGAGACUCCACGAGUGCAGCUAAGGACUUUUGGUGGCUCCGGACCUCCCGUAUCCAAGGACAACAAAAACUACACGGAGCUAUUGCGAGUUCAGCAAUACGGAAGUGUCGCCAAGCAGCGAUGGAAUUCAUGUACAAAAGCAAUUCCAGACAAUGGAUACGUAACCAGGAGUCGUUCAUAUUGUGCUUUUGUGCACGCAUAG